AUGGCUCCAGCUACAGACUCAACUGCAGCAAAGUCACCGGACUGCCAGCGCGCUACUAAACCGUUGAUUACUAGUCGGGUGAUUCAUUUUAUUUGUGAUUUUCUCAAACUCUUAAGUCUGUUCACUGGAUGCCUUGGCAGCUGCUGCAUUUGGCUAAGUAAGCAGCAAUGGUGUAGCAAAAGCUUGGCAUCUUACAAUAUCACCGCCAUUGUUGGUUUAAUUUUAGUUUUCAGCGCAGCUGUUGCGCGAUUUAUCCAAGUUAACCGAUUACAAUUUCACGACAUAGCAUUAUUCAUAAAACGUACGUGGCGAGAACAAAGCGAACAAGAACUCAAGCAGAAGGGAACCACAAAAUUUCAGAGCAAAAUAAAAUCCUUUCAUACAAGAAGUAGAUAG